UUUUAGAUUUUUUAUUUGCCGUUCGAUCAUUUCUAGUACUUGAAAUGGCUACUUUUCCGACUCAUUUACUUCAGUCUAUUGAAAAGUAUGGGACAGCAGCUAGCUCUGAUGAUUUUAAAGAUAUUUGCAAAAAACUGUGCCAGAAGUUGAUUGACGACGGUCCUUCAAAAUUGGAGGAAUCAAUUUGCAGUCAAGUUUAUUGGAAUGCAGCUGCUGGAGUGCUUGUAGAGGCAGCCAGACGUGGCCUAUCUGUGGCAGCACUUGAAGAAUUAUUGCCAAAAAACGAACUGUCGCAGGCUGUUAUUAAUGUCUUCAAGGAAAACGAACAAUCGAUUCGAAAAUGUAUGGCAACAAUUGGUUGGGAACCGCCGCGAGUUGUUGAUGUCUCUUGGAAGCUUUCCAAAACUUUGGAGACAGACAAAGGCAUGAAGGCAAUGACUGUUGCCGAAAUUCAUCUGGAUACAAUCCCGACUGGUUCAGCAGUUCUAGAGAGGAUCUCAUUUUGCUGCAAUUCUGAUGAUUUACAGAACAUUUUGUGGAAAUUGAAAGAAGCGCAAAAUGCAGUUUUGAAUAUGAAAAGUUAUAAAUGAGAUUUCAUUGUAAUGUUAAAAUGUGGUCUCCAGUAUAUAUCUCUAAGCAGUAUUGCUUAUGUAGACAGCCAGAACAUCAUAUUGAACAGUUAUGAUUUCUCCAUUCCUCACACGGACAUUUGUAUCUACCGAUCUUUUGUUACCAAAAUCAGAUUAAGAUCUCUUGUCAUUGAAUUUUCGUCAUCAAAAUCAGUUUAAAUAUUUUUCUUGUCGCCAAAAAUAGUAUAUUCC